AUGAAGGCCAAUAUGACUGCCAUUUUCGGCAUCUUUGCCUUUGUAUUUGUUUCUAUCGUCCCCCAAGUUCAGGCUGCUGAAGACGAUGAGUUGGCCAACGCGCUGACGUGGGAGAAGAUCAUGACCAAACUGUAUGGUUACUAUGGACCGAUUCCUGUACCCGGAGUUGACUACAACAUGGUACAGCAGCCUUUGCCUCCGGACCACCCGAGGAACCGUCGUAACAUGCGCGGGCGCCCUCGUGCUCGCCCCAACGACCAGGUUGCGGUUCCCGUUGCCCCCAAGCCGACUAAGCCGGUCGCUGUCGUUGAAAAGCCCGAGUCCGACAAGGUUGUUGAGCCCGUUGAACCGACCUUGGAUGAGAAGGACUCAGUCGUGGAAGAGGUUACACCCGACACCGAAGAGACCGACGCCGGUGAGUCGGCUGCCGAGGAGGAGCAAUCUUCCGUGUCAGAGGGUGAUGAAGAUGACGACGACGACGACGAUGACGACGAUGACGACGACGAUGAUGAUGACGAUGAUGACGAUGAUGAUGACGAAGAGGAAACUGCCGAAUCUGGAUUGGAGGAGCAGGACGUCGCCGUCGAGGACAACACCAACGCCGACGGUGUUGACGAUGUUGUUGAGGCCACCUGUGCGAACACAGUCUCCGCCAUGAAUGAGGCUGAGGUUGAGGCUGAGGCUGAGGUUGAGGCUGAGGCUGAGGUUGAGGCUGAGGCUGAGGCUGAGGUUGAGGCUGAGGUUGAGGCUGAGGUUGAGGCUGAAGCCGAGGCUGAAGCCGAGGCUGAAGCCGAGGCUGAAGCCGAGGCUGAGGAGGUUAGUGCCCCCGUUGAGCCGACCCCAGCGAAGAAGGGUGGCUUCUUCUCGAAGUUCUUCGGCUAA